AUGGAAAAGAACCUUCAAGGCCACCAGCACUGCGGUCGUGCAACUACAUCAAGUAGCCGGAAAAACACCUCCUCCACAACGACCCUGUCCCGCGAAACGUCGACCGACCGCUUCUCCCUGACCAGCCACGAGGAGGACCCGUCGAAGCACAACUGGCUAACUACUUUGGGCAUGCCGCUCGCGGGAUUCGGGUCCUUCUGCAAGAUGAAUUUCCAAAAGCUGAAGCAAACCUUCGGCACCGCCAAGAACCAGCACCCAUUUUUGGAAUACAAAAUGCACUUGGAGAUGGUGGGAGCUCCUCCACAGGAGGUGUCGGCAAUAGGUGGUGUAGGUAGUUGUAGUGCCUCAUGGAACUACAAUUCGACACCGAAGGCAGUAGGAGGAGGUACAACUUCUCAUGCAGUAGACACUACAACACCACCAGAGCAGGACUACGUGCUGGGUACGAACUUCUGGCGAAAUUACCGUUUGCGCCAACACACCGCGUCGAAUUCGUCUGCGUCUAGUUCUAGCACAGCCGGAUUUAUUCUGCAGCGGGGGCUGUCGAGCGAGUCGAAUCCAAACGAGGAACAUGAGGACCAAAUGACACUGCAGGAGAUGUUUCAAUUAGAGGAGCUUCCCUGCAUGAAAUCCGAGACAAUUUUUCUCGAACGGCAGGAGUCGGUGGACGAUGGGACGGUGACCAUAGCCAGCCGGGUAUCAAAAGGAAAAAUCCCCCUUCCGCAUAUCAAAACGAAGUUUCUGAUGCUGGAUUUGCGUACACAAAUCAGAUUUGUCUUGCUGGAGAGGACUGCGUGCCUAUUUUAAGACUGAGCGCGAGAGAUUUUGGGCUAGGCGCUGAGCAUGGCAAACGUCCAGUCUGUAGGGCCAACAGCAUCACAAACCGCCUGCAGAAUGCGGCGGAGCCUGUGCAGUUGCGUUCUUGCAAGACAGAGACGAUCUGUGGCCACAGAUCAGCAUUACAAAUUUUCUGAGAUAUACCUUUUCGAUAUGGGGAGGGGGAAUUUUCCAUCACGAUACCGGGCAACGUCGAGAACCCGAGCGUCAGUGAAGUCCACUUCGAAUUUGCCGUGCGGGUCAAUAUGUAUUGCAAAAGCAUAGUACCAGUACGCAAAAAUUGCAUUACAAAUUUCUCAGUGUGAGAAAUGGAAUCUGUAAUGCGGAUGUUCCUGAAGAAGAAGACUUGUAAUGCAUGACUGCAAUAGUACUACGAGUCCGAUACUUUUGCAAUGCAUAGUCAACCACGAUCAGCAACUCGAACACGAGUUCUCCGGAUUUGUUGGAGCAGAACACAUAUCAAAUGCGAAUACGUCUGGGUCUGCAGGAUGUCUUCAUGCUGUUUUUGCAUGACACAUGAGGUCUGGCAUGGAAACCCUAGCAUCACAGGUUUCGAGAAGGCUUCGCAGUGCCGAAUCCGCAUGACCAAUCCCCCACUUUGGUGACAGGAAGAGGGCAUCUUUUGCUGCCUAUGCAUGAGAGAUUUCUGUGUGUUCCGAAAUGCGCAUCACAUGCCAGACCCAGACACAUUUGCUGUGCAGAACACAAACAGCAGCGGGUCCGACGUGUUCGCCUCCCCCUUACCCGAUUUGACUGAUGUGGACGUCGUCGCGAGUAGCCCAGAUUUGAGCGGAGCUGGAAAGUUUGCGAACAGUGAUCCAGUGAUUGGUGAUGAAGCAGAUGCUAGUGCUACGGGCCCCUGUAGUUCAGGCGGCGUAAGCGCAACAUCAGCUGCACACGGCCAAACACACGAUCCGCAUCUUCUAUGGGACUUGGUCGGUGAGGGUUUGCAGUUACAAGCUGAAGAGAAGGCAAUGUCUGUGUCUUCGCAGCUGCGCGAGGUGGAUCAUUCCGUGCCUUCUGCAGGAGAUGAAGACAAACUCGUCAGUACAACCUCCGUGUCCUCUACCAUUCCGCCAGAAGAAGUUUUCCAGGACAGCACGGCGUCAGGCGAGCAGAUGAAGAAGGACGAAAGCAAAGUAGAAAGGAGUUCAUCUUCCACGGCCCAGCUGCCGCUCGAUUCCAGAACUGACCUCGGCCUUCCGAGUGGACGAGGACACGCAGCUGCUGCGAAGCGGCGCCACAAGACUGCCGCAGAAAUCAGGCGCUCUUUGCCGCGGUAUUACCUGUACGCCGGGCAUUUCAACAACAACGCUGCAAGUAACACUCCCAGCUCCGCUUCAGCCCGAAAUGAUCGGUCGUCGUCUUCCAGAAAUAGAAGAGAUUGGAAUAGCAGCAUUCCGGAGGAACGCGAAGCGAUUCUGUCGCAACAGGACAACAACUACGGAGAAGUUGGACUAAAAACUCCUAGCAGCUCGUCGUCGCGAGGCCAUCGUCUAGUACUCCCAGGAGCUGCUGCACCGAAGCAAGCAGUCCCACCCGCCCCGCUUUCGCCGUACGACAAACUGAAGAAUCGGAUCAAGAGACAGAUCUCCGGAGAAAGCGACACUUCGAAUGAUCGCAGUGUCAAUUUGAAUUGGGAGAGUACUCCAAAUUGCGGUGCAAGUGGAGGUGGGACAAACAGUUCGAAGUAUCCUGCGCAAAAGUAUCGUACUCGUAGUAUGUAAUUGCAAUCAUGCAGCAUUACAAAUUUUUUUCUGAAGCUAAAUCUGCAUUACAAAUUUUAUUUCUCAUGCUGACGAAAUUUGUAAUGCAUUUAUGCGAGUGCGAUACUUUUGCAGUUCAUACGAACGCAGAGGGGCUGAUGUCCUCUUUCGACCAGGAAUUCCGUUGUUUCCGCAUGCAGUGGGAAUGUCCGUACAACCACGCAAGAGCGUAUCCAGGAAAAAACACCCAUCCCCAUCCAAUUGGUCAUGCAAAACAUGCAUAAAAUCCACUAUUUGUCAUGCAAAAAAUGGAUGGGGAUGGGUGUUUUUUCCUGGAUAGAGCACACAGAAAAAGCGCCUCACCUGCAGAGGAGGAAGACUUGAACUGUUGCGAUGCGACUCUCGACGAAGAGGACGAAGAUGGGUCACCGGGAGGGGAGGGAGGUCGUUUUGGUACUGGUCAUUCUACUUUUUGUAUCGUAGCUUGAAUGAUUGUGUACAAGAACAGAAAUGAGGAAAUCAAAAGGCAAGAUCGUUUUUGAAAUUGUACAUCCAUACGGCGCUAAGUACCUUUAUUGCGCAUGAUGACAUUCGAGUUACAAACGAUGAUUUCGCAUGGAAAAGAUCAAGAUGAAAAGUACAUUUAUUCAGGUCGUUCCAACAUGAUCAAGGGCAAACUCACUCCGAAAUCGUGUCGCAACUCCACCCGGACACAAUCGACUCCUCAAUUCGGCGCGAAUAUCAAGCAAUCCCAGUCGCAUCCAGGUGGAAGCUCGAAGUUCGGAACCAGCAACAGCUCUUCUUCCAGUAGUCGACAUAGUAACCACUGCACCAGUAUCCACAAUAUUGAAUUUCCCGUACGCGACGUACAGAUGCAGGCUGCUGUGCAUGACAAAACUUGCCUCCGAUCUUACUCAGCAUGACAAGUUGGAGACGACCCCAAAUUAGCGAGAUUUGUCAUGCAUUUUGUACAUUGUACGGGAAAUUUGUAUUGCAUAACCAGCUACACCCAGCACCCGCACGACUGGAUCGCGACGCAGUCGGUGAAGAUGCAAAAGCAGUUGAAGAAGAUCCGGGAAAGCGGGUGGGCGCCGGUCACGCCGAACUGUGACUGCGUCCGGUGCUGUCUCGCCCUGCUGGACAAGUGCCGCGACCCAACCCGGUUCGCGCACAACUACGCGUACAGCUACUUUCUCUGGGGGCUGCAGUUCGGCACGAAGAGCUUCUUCCUGAACCGCGACAUUGUCCCGACCAUACGGUUUCUUGGCGACAUCAAAAUGCCGACACUCAUCGUACCGUUUCGGAAGAUAUGAAUUGCAAAAGUAUCGCACUCGUAAUCGUAUUGCAAUCAUGAAUUACAAAUCUUUUUCUUAAGGGAAAUCCGCAUCAGAAAUUUUAUUCCUCAUGCUGAGGAAAUUUGUAAUGCAUUUAUACGAGUGCGAUAUUUUUGCAGUUCAUAGAAGACCAGCCGGGCGCGGUUUUCGCUACCGGUACGGGAGCCCGAUGAGGUUCUGAUGGAGUAUUACGACAUAACAGAAGAGAAAGAACCGGAUCUGUUGAAAAGGAAAAAAAUGCUAAAGAGAAUGAUUUUCAAAAACUGUAGUUUGACGCAGAAGAGCGAACGAACUUCAUCUGGAAGUACUAGUAGUAGUAGACGAGGAGGCGACCACAUCAACUACAUCCAGAAGGAGGUGAACAAGGGAAAAGAGGCGGGGUUUAAGGAAAUUAAAGCCGACUGGCUCUGGCCGAACAAGCUGACGCCGCACUUGAACUCGAAGAAUUUUGAUGCAGAAUUGAAAGAAGAGGAGGGUGGGAACAGUAGUGAUGAAGACGAAGCUACUUUGGUGGAGCAGCAGGACCAACAACAGCAGCAUCAGGUCGUAAACCAAUCACAGAACAAAAGUAGUUCCAGCACAACCUCCACAUCCUGUACGCCGAAGAGUUGUAAAAAUGCAAAUUUUUGCAGCUCCAACAACAACAGCGUCGACCUCGUUUCGGGUGGGACGACAACUCAAAGUGGUUGUACAGCCGGCAGCUCGUCCUCCUCAUCCUCGUCGAGCACCACGGGAAUAAAUACCAGUCACAACAAGCCCCGGUGGCACCACCGCUACCGGAGUAAGAAGCCCUCUCACGUGAUCACGAGCGAUAGCAAGUUUCUCGCGGCGAUUCGGAACCCGAAGCAGAAAGUGAUUUACUUCAUCCACGGCGGAGGCUAUGUCGUUUGCUCCACGCAAACCCACCGGGGACUGGUGUACAACCUGGUGGACAAGACCGGGUUUCUGCUUUUAUCAAUCGCAAAUAUGUCUCGGUCUGGAAGGAUGUAAACUUGUCAUGCAGGUUUUUCAUGGCCCGCGACCGAGGUCUGGAAUGCGACACCAUGCAUGACAGACUCUGUGAGGUCACUGUCGUGCCUAUCCUGCAUGAGAAACUCCCUCCGAACUUGGUCGAAAGUGGACAGCUUUUGGCACUUAUGCAACACAGAUUUUUGCAUGAUUCAGGGUCAGCAUGACAGGUUGGAAUCUUCCAGACCCAGACAUAUUUGCAAUGCAUAGCUCUUCACCCCGAACUACCGCCGACCACCAGAUGUCGACAUCGUCGUAACCAUUGACGACUGUCUGCAGGGCUACUUACAUCUCGUCCACGUGUUGAAGAUAGCUCCAAGUAGGAUCAAUUUGUUCGGAGACUCCGCCGGCGCCGGGCUGUGUUUACAGCUGUUGCAGAUUUUGAAGGGGAGGUUGCACGGAGGGAGGCUGAGUUGCGGCGUCGGGAAUGUGGCGGGUUUGGCGCGGAGCCGGAGGCGGAGUAGGAUAGUAGAUGGCACAACUACUAGUGAAGCAUCGGGACAAAGUAGAACAGGACCACCAGAUGAAAUGGCAACCGUAGCGCCUUCCUGUGAAGAUCAACAACAUGCGGAAGUAGAUCAUCCUGAGAUAUUAAGCCACACAUAUGAAUUGCAAAAGUAUAAUCGUUGUACUCGUAUAAAUCCAUGACAAAUUCCCUCAGCAUGAGAAAUAAAAUUUGCGAUGCGGGUUUACCUUGAGAACAAAAUUUGUAAUGCAUGAUCGCGAUUAGUACGAGUGCGAUACCUUUGCACUCCAUAACACACCAUCAUCCACUAUCUCCGCCACGACGGCCCGAACGUGCCGCGCCGCGAGUUGUAUGCAAGAGGCCAGUUUUUCUGAGCUGUCGCACGACAUAAAGUCGUCUUCCGUAACAGCAUCCGAUGAACAAGAAAGGGAGAAAGAAGACACGACCCGAUUGUUGCAGCCCGCAUCAUCAUCUCCACCCCCCGGAAGUUUGAUGCCCCCCCGUGCGGUGCUUAUUUCGCCCUGGGUGGACUUUACCUCCUCGGAGCAGUCGGACGCACUAUCCUGUGCAAAAGUGUCGCACUGGUAGAAAUCUUUGCAUGGCAAAUUCUCUCACCAUGAAAAAUUGACCCUGUAAUGCAGAUUCACCUCUAGAAAGCAUCUGCAAUUAGUACGAGUGCGAUACAACUUUUGCUAUCCAUACGCCAGCUUCGUCACGAACAGAAAGCUGGACAUUUUCCGGCCGGAGGGAGUGAAACGGUUUGCGAACAUCGUGGCAAGCGGAUCCCUGACGGUGGAUAAGUUGAGUAGUCCGCUCGUCAGUCCGACCUACUACUACAAAAAUACCGACAGCCCUCCAGCCAAGGAAAACGAAAAUGAGAACAACUUUUCCUUCCCUGAAACUGAAAUCCUGGUCACGGCGGGCGAGCACGAACUGUUUCGCGACCAGAUAGUGGAUUUGGUCGAUAAGUUGCAGUCCAUCGAGGAGAACCAGAUCGAGUUUGAGAUCUUUCAGGACAUGUGUAUGCAAGAAAAAAACUGUGUAGGUGUAGCUCUGUUGCAUGUUCUGCAUUAAAUGCAGAACAUGCAACAGAGCUACACCUGUCAUGGCAGAAAACCAUGAAGUCCUCUUUUCAUGUGUGUGUUCCCUUACAAGCCACGCACGACAGGUUCUCGCUCUCAUGUAGAGCAAAUUUGUGAUGCUGUCAGCCAAGGAAAGUUACACUAGCACAGUUUUUUUCUUGGAUAAUGUGCCACGUGUUCGAGAUCUUUUUCCCGAUCCACUCGACACCAAAACGCGCGUUUGCCAGCAUUGCGGAGUUUUAUUUGCGGAACAAUGAGAACAAGCAUGCGGUUGACUAGUUGAAUUGUUCCGGCUUAUUUUCAUGGACCGGGCCGCAGCACACGGAAAUACUUUUACUUCCCUUCCUGUCCUCGCGAAAUAAGCGAUUAUGGGUGUGCUUCUGAUGGCCACGGGCGUAAUGGAGGUCGUGGUAGCGACUUGCAUUGCCUGGUGAUGCUGGUUUCAUCUUCUCCUCAUCUGCUACACUCUAGUUGGGUACCAUAGGUCGGCGUAAAGUGUAAGGGUUUGGUUUCUAUGUACACAUUACAAACUUUCUUCCUUGUUUACGUGCAAAACGUGUAUACACUUUAUAAGUUUUUGAAUCGCGGAAGACGUUGGGGGCACAAUUUAUACAACUGUAGAAGAAGACCAAGACGACCUUUUAAGAGAGACUAAGAUUAACAACAAGAACUGCAACAUCAGGGAAGAUGAUGUUGAUGUUGAACUUGUUGAAAAAUAAAGAAUUAUAUCUAUGAUUUUUUUAAUCGGGCUGAAGCCACGCAUACUUCCUUUUGUGUAGACGAUUCUUGUCACUUGCUGCGCUUUGCUGUAGAAGAAGUCCCGACAAUUUUGUAGUUUUUCACCACUUUAUAGUUCCGUAGUAUGUUCCUUGAUGAUUUCAGUAUGCGCUUGGUUGUAGAAUGUGAAGAAGUGUUGUUGCAGGAGCGACGCUGUUGAAGCACACGUGCCAAUUCCAUAUAAUUUGCAGCCUGAGUUGUAAAAAAAGUGCAGCCGCAGUUGCUCGCCUUGCCCUACUAAUAGGCGAGUCGUUGUGAUUGCUGUACCUACUACAACGAUGAUACAUAGCGAAUCAUACAGCUCGCGCUUUCCACCUUCUGCACAUGUACUAUGCGUCGAGCUCGAGUGCGAGUGGCCACAAAAAUUAUUAAUACGGGUGCUGCUACGUCUACUUCUUACCGGCACUAGUACACGACCGUGUACUAUUGUCACGGAAAAAUACCGCUUUCCUUUCAGCCACCUGCAUAAUUACUUUCGAUUUUUGCCUGUCAAAGCCGCGGAUGUUGUACCAGGGCCGUAAGCAACAAGAAGCACCAUUCUACUUGCACAGAGAGCUCGCUCGUGCUCAUGCGUAUCUAUAAUCAGGAAUGUACAAAUUAGACUCGUCAGGCGUUACUUCGUUCUCAGCCAGUAUGAACGACAAUAACGAGCACAAGCCAGUUAUAAGCUUGCGCGGCUGUUGUAGUUGCAAGAGGCGCUGGAGCUACCUAUCAUGACGUCUGUCAUCGAUGUAGUAGUAGUUGCCUCUGCCUGGACCUGGUUGAUGCAAAGGUAGCUUUGCUUGACGAGACUUAUGAGAUGGCUCAUCAUGGUAUCCUAUCGAUCAUAACUAGUCCACCUCCCACAGGAUGAAACUACUAGAAGGAACGCAAAUUUAAAGAGAAAAACAUGAUAGAUUUAUGAAAAUUGUGCCCGGCCGCCUACCUUAGCGACGUCCAGGGAAUGUACGUAAAAAGAACCUCUUUUUUUGGUUGAAAGGAAAACAAGCUGGCGCAUUUUUCGUUUUCAUCACGACCGCGAGGACUUCAUCCCAAAGUUUGCGAUCGCACUGCCGCGAUGAUGUCUGCCACUUUCAGUGCACUUAUUUAUGCAGGUUUUUUCUUUGUCCGGAAAAUCCG